CAACGCACGAAGACUCCUCCUGGUGUCUUGUCUCGACUCAAAGGACCCUUCCUGACAGCAGUCUUUCCUUAUCUUGAACCCCUUGAUCAAUCCUUCUUCCUGUCUUCUCAGGUGGUCUAAGCCUGGCGUCCCAUCCUCGCUAUUGUUCUUAAUUACUCUUCCCAUGUCGCGUUCCUGAAUAUACUUUGCAAGGUAUCUCCAAGUCUAGAAUAGGGAUGAGACAGACCACCUCUUGGCUUGUCCACAGCAACUCAACUCAGCUUCUCCUAUACCACCCUCAAUCACCCCCUUCAAGAUCGAUUGGCAUUCCUUAUUCAUUCGCCAUGGCCAACCGGCAACACUACAUCUCGGUCCUGCUUCAGUGCAUCUUCUUCGAGUCCGCGGCGACGGUCGACGAAGGCGAAUGUUAUGAACUAUCUCUCGAGGAACUCGCGCGCUCCAUGGACGACUUUGCUGACCUCUGCAGCAACUACAACUACAACCUUACCAUCCCUUGCAAUAUCUAUGUCUAUCGACACUCUCUAAACACCGAGUACGGUGUGGGAAACCUAAUUGAUGAAUGCAACCAUGAUCCCGACUUUUAUGACCUGUUCCCGCAUUGGUGCACCCGCGAAACGGACUACUACGGUCAGGAAGUCAUCCAGAUCCCGGGACUUUCACAAUCAGAUAUCAAUCAGUUCCUCUGGGACUAUGCCGAAAACGUACCCUUUGACUUUCAAGAUGACAUUGCCACAGUCAUAUGCUAUUUAAGGGAGGUUACCUGGCUGAGCAAGGGUUCUGGAGGAGCCUCCAUGAAUCUGCCACACCGAGACGAUGACCCGGCGGUUCAAAAGUUCACCAGGGCGCAUAAUGAGGCGAAGCUCAGCCGCAACCAGCAAAGGCAGCAGGAGAUGCAACGACAGAAAGAUCAGGCGGAGCGACAGCGACAGAAAGACGAGGCGGAGCGACAACGAGCAGAGGAGAUCCUAAGACUAGCACAGGAGAUCCAACGGCAAUGGAAAGAGGCGGCACAAAGGUUGACAGAGAACCUCGCCGCGAUCAACGUUAAUAUGAUAAGCCUUGAGAACAGCACGAUGAGUACCCAGCAACGGGACAGUGACGUGUCUAGCAUCUCAGGCACACUGCAGCAAGGGCUUCAGGACGAGCUCGACGAUAGCGGUCUGUCUGUAGGCAUUUUGGGAUCGUUUGCCAACGGCCUGAGCUUACAGAACAGUGAUGUGGAUCUCACACUACUGGAUCCCGGCAACUGGCUGACGGUCAAGCGUCUGGGGAAUGCCCUUUGGAGAAUCGGUUACGAAAGAGUUCAAGUAAUUAGGAACGCAAAGGUGCCCAUUGUGACGUUUUGGGACCCUUGGAACGGCGUUCCAUGCGACAUUAGCAUCAACCAGGCGGCUGCAAUCGAGAACUCUAAGUUGAUCAAGACGUAUGUCAACAUUGAUGAUCGCGUUCGCACUAUCUGGUUUUCACUGAAGGCGAUCGCUAAGGGACAUAGGAUCCUAUCUGCCAAAAACGGCUUCUUGAGCUCCUACGCUCUGACGCUAAUGUUGAUCAACUAUCUCCAAUCGGUCGGGACGCCAGUACUGCCAGCUCUGCAACAGCAGUUACCGAGGAGGAUGGUUUACAAGAAGGUGGACGGGUACGACUGCACUUACGAUCACAAUUGGUCCAACCACAGAGCCGCUGCGAAGAUGAAUACGAGCACGGCAUCCGAGCUGCUUUUGGGCUUCCUUUCGUACUUUGGCAGCACGUUCGACUAUGGACUCUGGGAGGUAAACUCAAGACUGGGCCAGAUUAGGGCACGACCCACGGCGACCAAGAUUAUCGGUCAGGGCAAGCAGCAAAUUAGGCAGGACGAGUUCAUAUGCGUGAUGGAUCCCUUCGAAACGAGCAGGAACGUGGCAGGUAUGGUGCGAGGAAGGAACGUGGUCGCAAUCAAGAAGGCUUUCCAAGAUGCGCACGAUGCCCUGAAGAAGGGAGAUUGGAGUCUGGCAUUGCAUCCUCAAGACUAGAGGCGGGCGCACUCUGGUGCUUUGUAGGGUACUCAAUGGAAAAUAAAACAAAGUUCGCGAGUCAUUUUCC